AUGUUUCGCUCCGCACUACUCACCCUGGCCAUCACCACCCUAGCCUCAGCUCAUACGGCAGCAUGGGCACCAGGAAUGUACUGUCGUGGCGGCGUUGAUUCCAAUGUUGAUGAUUCGAACACCAACCUGGCCGUCAACCCGCUCUACAACCUUGGAAAAGAAGAUUGGUGGUUCCAGCAUCAUCGCGGAUGCGACGCAGUACCCCCAAAAGUUGGCGAGUUCCUUGAUGUCCCAGCAAAUGGCAACUUCACUGUCGAGCUCGCGCAUAACCGCGCGUUCACUACUCUCUCUUACAACGGCAAACUAGUUACAGAUUGGCCCGAUGGCAAACAACACCCCGAAGACUGGAACGGUUGGAAUACGGAUGGUACGCCGGCUGUUUGUUUGAAAGAGGAUGGGGCGCUGCAUACAUAUAAUCAGAGUUCGGCUGGUGGAACGGCAUUUGCUAUCAGCUAUCACUCGGAAAUCAAGGAUGUGACGAUGGAGAACCUCGUUGUUUUCACCACGCUUUCUCAUACUCCUUGGAAGAGGCUAGCUACGUACAAAGUACCUGACCUGCCUGCGUGCCCUGAGGGUGGAUGUACGUGCGCCUGGCUGUGGGUCCCUAAUGGCUGUGGACAACAAAAUAUGUACAUGCAAGGUUUCAAAUGCAAUGUCACCAACGUUUCGCCGACAGCAGCUCCUCUCGCCAAAGCCCAAGUACCCGUCUACUGCGAGACUGCACCCGAAAAGUGUGUCAAAGGUGCCAAGCAGAUGCUCGCAUGGAACCAGGCUACGGGCAACAAUAUCAAGAGUGCGGAGCGCGUCACACCAAACUACAACAAGAAGUGUGGAUGG